AUGUCCAAAUCUCAAUCAAAUAGUAUCUGGCAACAUCUCUUAUCAAAGAAAUAUCUGAAAUCAAUCGUCUUUGAAACUACAAUCUCAAAAGCCACUGACUCACCUUUCUGGAAGGGAUUACUCACUACAAGACCACUACUGAAAAAAGGUACAUGUUUUAAAAUUACCAAUGGCUUGUCUGUUAAAGUUUGGUCUGACCCAUGGAUACCAACUUUGGAAGGUUUCAAACCUUUCCCUCUUGACCACACAAUAGACCACUCAAACAAUAUGAAAGUCUCAGAAUUGAUUUCACAAUCCAAUGAUUCUUGGAAUAUACCCAUCCUGGUAUCUCUCUUCCAACAGGAUAGUAUAAAUGAAAUCCUCAAAAUACCUCUACCUCUUUCAAAUCAAUCCUCAGAUAAACUUGUCUGGACUCCAACACAAAAUGGCAUUUUCUCAGUCAAAACUGCUUAUCAUUUAGCUUCCAAUGCUACAAAUCCUCUCAGAGAAGUUAUUCCAAAUAUACAAUGGAGGAAAAUAUGGAGGCUCAGAAUCCAUGAUCGUCACAAACUCCUUCUAUGGAAAAUAAUAUGGGAUAUUUUGCCUACUAGAGAUCAUCUUAAACAUUUUAUCCCAACAUUAUCUUCUACAAAUUGCCCUCUUUGUGAUGGUACAGAAGAGACUCUCUUACAUCUAUUUGUAGAAUGCCCUGUAUCAAGAAUUCUAUGGAGUCAGAGUAGUUGGCCUUUAAAUCUCUCUCCUUUGGGAUUAUCUUCUAUGAAAGAUUGGAUGCAGUUUGUCUUAAACCCCAUGCGUAAAUUGGGUCUAACUACACAAGAAGAGCAUUCUUUCAAGAUCUUCGCAGGAUUGAUUUUAGAUUUUAUUUGGAGGCUUCGAAAUGACACUGUUCAUAACCAAAAGGUAUGGUCUAUCCAACAAAUUUCUUCUCAGUUAAAUCUCUCUUAUGAAGAAAAUUUGCAAGCUUGGAAAGACAUUACCAACUCCAAAUUGGGGAAAAAAUGGCAAAACCCUCCAACAAACCAUAUCUGCAUAUCAUUUGAUGCAGCGGUUAGAAACUCUUUCUCUAUGGCAGCCGCAGUUAGCAGAAACUCACAAGGGGAGGUAAUUGAAGUAUGGACUGAGAAUAACCCUACAACAACCCCAGUCAUUGCAGAAGCUCUGGCUGCAAAAUUGGCUUUCAAAAUGGCUGAAUUCAUCAACACUUCUCAUGCCUCCCUAGUUGGCGAUUCCCAGCAAGUCAUAUCCUCUAUUUCUAAAUUAGAGUUGAUUUGGCAAAUCUCUAUGAUCUUGGAUGAUAUCGCAAAUUCUCUAAAGUUGCACCCAAGCUGGCAUUUCAACAAGAUAGAUCGAUCUCAAAAUCGAUUUGCGCACUCAAUUGCGCAAUGA